CCCGAAGGUGGCUUCGCUAUCCGGGAGCCGCGGGGUCCACCGGCCGCCCUCGCUGGGCCGUGUGGCGGUGGUGGUGGACCAGGGCUCUGGCUUCACCAAGGCAGGCUUCGCGGGCGAGAAGCAGCCACGCCUGGUGCUGAAGAGCUCCAGCCUGGUGCCCAGUUGGGAGCGGCCCGUGCUGCCUGGGGUGCCAGGCUGUGAGCUGGCGGGCGGCGUGGCACGGGCGCACCCCAUCAAGCACGGCGUGGUGGUGGACUGGGAGGCCCUGGAGGGGCUAUGGGAGCGCCUGCUGGUGGGCGGCCUGCGGGUGUGCCCAGAACAGUGGCCGGUGCUGGUGAGCGACUCGCCGUCAGCACCGCCCGUGGGCCGUGAGAGGGUGGCGGAGCUGCUGUUUGAGGCCCUGGCAGUGCCCGCGUGCCACAUGGCCAGCACCGCGUUGCUGGCGCUCUGCUCCGUCGGCGCGUUCAGCGGGCUGGCUGUGGAAGCAGGCGCGGGCGUGUGCCAUACCACGCCCAUCUAUGCCGGCCACUCGUGGCACAAGGCCACCUUCCGGCUGGACGUGGCAGGCAGCACCCUGUCCCGCUACCUUCGGGAGCUGCUGGUGGCAGCAUGCCCUGAUCAACAGCUGCAGGCCCUGCCCCGCAAAGUCAUCACACAGCUCAAGAAGCGCUGCUGCUACGUGUCGCUGGACUUCGAGGGUGACCUCCAGAACCCUGCCCGCCACCAUCCAGCUAGUUUCUGCUUAGGCAAUGGGUGCUCUAUCUGCCUGAGCAGUGAGCGCUUCCGCUGCCCGGAACCCAUCUUUCAGCCAAGUCUGCUAGGCCAGGCUGAGCCAGGACUGCCCACGCUGGCCUUCCAGGCACUGCAAAGGCUGCCCGCAACACUGCGGACACGGCUGGCCAACACCACGGUGCUGGCUGGUGGCUCCACACUUUUCCCUGGCUUCACUGAGCGCCUGGAGAUGGAGCUGGGGGCCCAGUGCCAGCGCCAUGGCUAUGGGGCACUGAGGCCUUGCCUGGUAGCCAGACCUGGGCGUGGCACAGCAGUGUGGACAGGCGGCUCCAUGGUGGCCUCGUUUCGCUCCUUCCAAUGCCGCUGGAUGACCCGGGCCAUGUACCAGGAAUGUGGCUCAAGGCUGGUGCACAAAGUGUUCAACUGAGUUGGGCUGGACUAAAGGGGAUGACGCCCCAGGGGGGG